AUGACUGAAAAGCCCGUGUCUACUCCGGCCGUCAAGAAGGACUUCGCCCAGAUCACAUCGGCGGCGGCGGCAUCGGCGGUCAUGGCCAAAGAGGAGUUCGUCGAUGCGAACACUCCGAGAGAGAGCUCGGGCGCCAAUUCUCCUCCUUCGCCGCCUAAUGGUCUAGUCUAUGGGCCCAGGAAACGGAAGUACGAGGAGGCAACCGAGGACGAGAAACAUGCUCUGAAUGCAUACCAUACCUCGAAUCCUCACCUCAAGCAGAGAGAACUGGCCGAAUGGUUCAGGACAGAGUUUGGCAAAUCGAUCAACCAGUCCACUGUCUCCCGGAACCUUAAAAAGUUCAAGGCAUCACCUUCAUCCAAGGAGCAAGGCCGACCAGAUGCCGCAGCAUCAGCAUCAGUAUCAGCUACGCCCACAAAGCGAGAGCGGAAGCUGAACGGACCUCCCCGGUCUCCUCUGCAGAAGAAGAUCCAAAUUAACAAGCAACUGCCUCCACCCACACCUUCGGCGGUGUCUCUGCCCCCGACUCCGCCGCCGCGGGACAACAGGGCUUCUCCCAUCGACUCUGCUCUUUACGAAUUCUAUCUUAACUUCCGCAAGCUCAAUCCGGAUGUUUCUCCCAAGGGCGUGGACAGGGAGAUCAAAUUCGAAGCUCAAAAACUGCUCUCAAACAUGCGGCUACCGCCGCCGCCGACGGAGAAGAUAGAUGGUCCCGUCAUCGACGAUGCUUGGGUUGCCAACUGGAAGAGGGUCCAUGGAAUUCCCGGUCCUACCUCCUCGACCUCGGCAGAUUCCUUUGCUGCACCCACCACUAGCACCACCAUCACCACCACCACGACAUCGAGCGCAAAUGUAGCCUCCGAAGCGGACAGGACUUGCUCCGAGGAGACCGAGCCUCGAUCGCCGGUUUCCACAGUCUCCUCGAGUGACCAUGGCUCCCUAGAGCUUCCUCCCAUCAGGGAGUCCACCAACAACGAACACACACAGUCGACGACACCAGGCCAGGCCAACGGUCUGGGCGAAUCGCCAGAUAGCCGACGGAGGAGGCAGAUUGAGACACUGAAGAAGGACAUCGAGAAGAGGGACCGACGAAUCGAACACGAGCAGAGGAAGAAGGAACUCGCACUGUCUCGGCUGGAGAAGUUAGAAAGAGCUGGGAAGCAAUAG